AUGCAGACGGAACCAGCGGAGCGGAGGAGACGACAGACCGGCCGGAGAAGAGCCGCGGAGAGCGGGCAGAGAGCCGCGGAGAGAGCCGCGGAGAGCGGGCAGAGAGCCGCGGAGAGAGCCGCGGAGAGAGCCGCGGAGAGCGGGCAGAGAGCCGCGGAGAGAGCCGCGGAGAGCGGGCAGAGAGCCGGGGGGAGAGCCGCGGAGAGCGGGCAGAGAGCCGGGGGGAGAGCCGCGGAGAGCGGGCAGAGAGCCGCGGAGAGAGCCGCGGAGAGGGGGGACGAUGGAGCGGAGCCUCGGGGGAUCCAGCAGAGAGCCGGGGUCACCUCCUCCAGGAGCUCCGAGGAGGAGAUAGAGAAGUCGGGGAGGCUGAGGAGGAGAGUCCAUCAGCUGGAGAAAGACAGACUGGAGCUGACGACCAGCCACAACCAGGAGGUGACCCGGCUCCAGACCCAGCUGACCCGCCUCAGGUCCUCGGUGGAGCGAGGAGAAGCUCAGCGGGUGGAGCUUCAGUACCAGCUGACUCUGAGCCAGAGAGACUCCACCCGGGCCUCCGAGCUCACAGAGCGAGCAGCAGAGCUCCAGCAGGAAGUCCAGGAGCUGCAGAAAGCUCUGGACAUCACCCGGCAGGCCCGGGACGAGGACCAGCAUGCAUUGCAGCAGGAAGUGGAGGAGCGUGACGGACUGAUUCACAGCCUCAGCUCAGAAAACCAGCGACUGCACCUACUGCUGCAGGUCUCACACACUGUGAGCCUGCUGCAGGAGGAGCUGCAGCUGUGUCGCUCUCGGUGCGACUCCCUCCGUGACCGCACCUCCUCCCUGGAGCUCCGCUGCUCCUCGCUGACCUCCGACCUCUCGGCGUGCCGCGGUGAGUCGGCCUCCCUCCUGUCGGCGUGCGCCCUGCUGGCCGGCACCCUGACUCACGCCCGCCGCCGCCUCCGGGCGCUCUGUGAGCAGAAGGCGCUGCUGCGCCGGCGGCUGGCGGAGAGGGAGGCGCUGGAGGAGGAGGUGAGGAGGCUGGCCGGAGCUCUGGGAGGGGAGGAAGAUGAGGAUGAAGAGGAGGGGGAGGAGAGGAAGAAGAGGAGGAAGACGAUGGUGGCGGUGAGGCGGUGGAGGAGAAGCGUGUGCGCGGUGCUGGCUGUGAGGAGGUGGAGCGCUCUGACCCAACAGACGACGGUGUUGUUUAGGCUGGAGACGGGGGAGGGAGUCUGUGGAGGAGCCGCCACAGCAACAGAGAGGGGCCAAGGUGGGCGGAGCUCAGGUGGGCGGAGCUCAGUUAAAGAUGAUGAUGGUGAUGAAGGUGGUAAAGGGGCGUGUGCUCGCUGGCUCCGCUCUAGAGGACUUUCCUCCGUCAUUCUGUCCUCCAUGGCCGACCUGCAGGGGGCGCUAGCACACACAGGCUCCGCCCCUUCAGACGUGACGUCAGCAGCUCGCUCCGCUUUGUCCCGCCUCCUGGACCACCUUCUCGACCAAUCGGACGCGCCGUCUGGUCUGUCAGACGAGGACACGCUGAGCGGCCGGCUGAGACUCGGGCUGAGCAGACGGACGCCUCCACGGCCAAACAUGAAGACCCUGGUUUCCACCCUCCAGCAGCACUUCCUGCUCUUCAGCCAACGGCUGCACUCGGCCGAGGUGGAGAGGCGGAGCCUGAGGCUGGAGGUGGCCAAUCUGAAGAGAGGACUGCGGAAGGAGAGAAAAGACACCUGCAGAACGGUCCCAGUACAGCGGUUCCACAGUGUGUGUGUGGAGCUCCGUCAGGCGCUGAGCAGGGAACAGGAAGCCCAGUCGCUCAUUCAGGAACAGAGCGAGCAGCUUCACACACUGCAGCUCAAAGUCAACACACACACCGACCAGCAGGCGGACACACAGCGCACACUGAGCCACACCUCACAGUCUCUGUCGGAGGCGCGGCAGGAUGUGAGUCGGAAGGAGCGCUCGCUGAGGAUUCUGGGUAAGCACCUGUCGGGGGUUCAGAGGGAGAGGAGGCAGCUGGAGGAGAGACUGCAGCGAGUCGAGGACGAGCUGAGGGACGCCGCCAGAUGUAAAGAUUAUCUGAUCAGCAACAUGAAGGCUGCAGAGACGAGUUACAAGGAGGUCAGAGAGAGUCUCGUCCAAUCACGUCGCUCCCCGUCAGCUCCGCCCCGCCCCCUGCUGUUACCCAGGGAACACCUGGAGCUGAGUGGAGCAGAGAGCAUCAUGGGAGCUCCUGAGGUGGCAGCGUGCCAGAGUCUCCUCUCCUCCGUCUCUCAGCUCUGUCUCACCUGCAGCUCCAGGAUCGAUUGGCUGGAGCAGGAAGUCUCCGCCUACCGAGGUCAUGUGACCGCGCUGCGCGGCGAGCUGCAGGACGCCUGUCUCCGGGACAACCUCGCCUACGUCCCCGUGGCUGAGUUUCAUGAAACAUAUCCAGUCGCUGACAUUGAAGCCCCUCAACCUGAUUUGUCGAAGGACCUGCCAGUCAGUUUAAGCCCCGCCCCAUCUCAGUUAAACCCCGCCCCGCAGCUUCCCCUCUCCAAACCCUUUAAGAGGAAAGCCGUGAGGAAGAGCAGAGGAGGACGAAGAUAGAUGGUGUGUGUGUGUGUGUGUCUCUGUCAGUGUGUGUGU